AUGACACAUGGCCGCUUUGGACAUAAUGGAAAACAGGUAAAAAUAUGUUAUACAACAAUCAGUAGGUACAAGUUUGCUAUUCACUUUUAAAUAUUUAAUGUGAACCCUGUGUAAAUGCAAACCACCUAAAAUUACAAUUAAUAUUUACUAAUAAUAAAUCAUUCCAUGGUAAUCAGACUUUACCUUUUCCGGGUGGUUUUCCUUGUCCUACUCAUCACUAUUGUUCUCAUAUAAUGGAUUCCUUUUCGACACUCUUUGGCCUCUACCUCUUGUUGGAGUCUUUGUCGAUCCAGUUUGGACAUAAGUUCUUAAAUGUUCGCUUAUCGUCUCAAAAUUGUCUAUAUAAAGUUCAAAAAUCAUGUGAUAUUAGACAAAGUAAAAGGAUAAUGUGGAAGUUAGUAUCAGGGGGGGGGACAUGUGCUAAUAUACUGAUGAAUACGGAGGCGAUCACACAAAAAAACCCAAUCACAUGGGCAUUGACUGAUUCCGUGCAAACUAUUUUGUUGACUGAGCAUGAAGACCCUUGUAUCUAAAUUAGCGUGCCUCAUUGCUCUUGCUGGCUUUAAAGAUAGGAACCCUGUGCAGUGUGUACAUUUAACUGUUUUCUCAAAUAUACUUUCCCCGAAGUUACUGGUCAUAUAGGAUUGACAGUAUUUUCAACUAGAAAUAUGUUGUUUUAGGAAACUGCUUCUGUCAUUGGUAGCAAUGAUGAAGAUGCUGAUGGAUAUAAUACAGAGAGUGAUGAAGAUAGUCAAGAUGCUAAGGAAUAUACCGGUAACACAAAUUGUGAUCAAGAUGGCACUGAAAAUGUUGAAAUGGAUGAAAGGGAAGAAAGACAGGUAACAGUGUUUUAAAUAUAUUAAAGGGUAUUGGUAAUAAAAAUUUAGAUUGACUCAUUUGAAUGAACAUUUAAAAUUAUAUAUUUAACUGUUUUACUGUUUUUACAUUUCUUGCUUUAAUUUAAUUAACAGUUACUUCUCAAAAUAGUUUGACUGAAAGCCAUGAGAUAUCUACCAUUUUGGCUUACUUAAAUUGUUACAUAUGCAUGUAACAUCACUAUAGGGAUGACACAAUGUUUUUAUCUUGACCAUCACGCUUAUUAUUAUGAGCUCAAAAUUAUUCCCAGAUACUUUAGCAAACACCAAAACCACUCAAACAUCUACCAAUUUUGUUUUUUUGUGGAAACAUCACAAAUAUUUAUUUGGCAAAGCUUUUGACCCGUAAACCCGGAUCUUUGUCAAUGCAAGACUGAUUUAAUUUACACGUUAUUUUAUACUAAAAGUGUUGUGACUGCCUCCUCCGCAAGCCCUUACUAUUUAUAGAUCAGUGUAUAUAUAGACAUAUCAGUUUAAUAUAUAGAUCAGUGGCUGAACAAAUCUGUUGUGAUGCAUGCUGGGAAGGCGAAACAAAUUAAAAUAAGGGCGUGCCAAAUCGUGACUCGAAAAUCUACAAAUUUACUUGAAAAUCUACAAAUGGGCUAAAUGCUGAGACAUGGCGGAAUCUUCUGAAGACAAUGAGCCCAUGACGGACUUAGAAGAUUAUUUUAUAUCUGAUAGUGAUGAUGAGAAUCUUGAAGUAUCAUUCAGUAAUUUAUCAAUUGACGGUAAGUAUCAAAUAUAAACAUGGCCAGACAGUCAUAACAAAACACCAGAUGUGUAUAUUUAAUAUUCUGAAUAUUUUAACUAUUUUCUAAAAAAACCAUUGUAAUGCAAACAGUAUUAUAUUAUUAUUCUCAGAUGAUGUCCCUAGAACAAGUACUCCAUUAGUAAUGUUGAGAGCAGCCCAAUUGGAGGAAAACAUCACCUCACUCCCUCAUCAAAGCAAGAUGUAUUGCCUAAACUGAAGCGUUUCAAUGUUGGUAGGUUUAUUUUGAGCUUUUAAUAUUAAUGAGCUACCGGUACUCAAGAUUAAUAUAUGUAUAUAAUUCACGGAAUGAAUUCUACUAUAACUGUAAUAAACAAAAUUUGUUGGUAAAUGCAGGAGGCAAACCAUGUGGUGGUGAAGUUGCUGAGCGGAAGGAACAAUUGGAAAUAUUGUUCAAGGAAACCUUUCAAUUACAGGAAGGAUUUGAAAUUACUGUUGAAAAUGUCCUGUCCUGUUUGGGUUUUGAACCUGAUAAAAAAAAGCUUCUUACACGUCAUGUUAAGGAGUUUUUUCCUG